GUUAAAGCCCUCGUAUUCUUAAAAAAUUAAUACAUAAAACAAUUUGCUUAACUUAGUAACCAAUACAGUAUAAAUUAUAUCAUUUAUUUAGAUUAUUCAUAAUACUAAUUGUAUAGAAUUACAUCAUUAUAUUUUAAAAAUACCUAACAUUUUGUAGUUUCUACAUUUUUUUUCUUUAACUUUAAAAUGUUCCUCACAGUUAAUCAGUUGUCUAUUCUAAUGAACAUUCUUAGCGAAGAAACGGUUGAAAACCAAACAUUGGAGUACCUAGUAUCACAAUUGCAUCAGUAUUUCAAACGAGAAGACAAUUUCAAAGUUGGAUGCACUUUACUUAUGUUGAUUCAACACUCUGAUUUCCUGCUCAAUCAAACACAAAAAUUUGCAGCAAUUGUAUUAUGUUAUGAAUUAUACAGAAAUGAACCCAUUGCAACAAAUCCAUUAGCUCCUGUUUUUAUGCAUCUUUUGCAUAAAAAAGUGAGUAAAAAUGAAUAUAUCGGGGACUUACCUGUUUUGACAAUGCCUGUCAAAACAUUCUUGUCAAACUUAAUUAUGUCACAAAACUCUAAAGAGUUAUUAAGGAAGUCGGCUAAACAAGUUUUGACUGCGAGAAAUGAUCCCAGCAAGCCAGUAGUUAAUACCGCCUCAAUUCUUAAUGCUAUUAAAGAUCGGCGAAAAAGUCUUCCAAGAACCGCAAAAAGUUCACUUCCAAUCAUAAUUCCCGAUCCCCAAAAAACAGAAUCUAAAGAAGGCGCUAAGCAAGUUUUAGAGACGCUCAUUAGUGGACCAAAAUCUUACGUUUUUCAUAACUUCAAACCAGAAAUGAUGCGAUUAGUGCCACCAUUAUAUAUUUGUAAGGAAGAAAUGGUCUGGCUGAAUAUGAGCGGUCGCUCUAACCAUCAGAUUAUGUAUGAUAAAACAAUGUGUGUAUCAACUAAUGCUGCGACCGAAGCAAGAGAACUCAUGUCCAAAGCUCUCAAAGCCCCACUAACAUUACAACAACAGCAGCACCUAUUAGCCGAACUUGUAAAUGACCCAAAACUUGUAUAUUAUAUCGGACUCACUCCGUGUAAACUACCAGAUCUAGUCGAGAACAAUCCGCUAAUUGCCAUUGAGGUUUUGCUAAAACUUAUGCAAUCUCAUUAUAUAACCGAUUAUUUCUCCGUUUUAGUCAAUAUGGAAAUGUCGUUACAUUCGAUGGAAGUAGUAAAUAGAUUAACCACCACUGUUGAACUACCGACGGAAUUUGUUCACCUUUAUAUAUCAAACUGCAUUGUCGCCUGUGAAACGAUCAAAGAUCAAUACAUGCAAAAUCGUCUAGUUCGACUUGUAUGUGUUUUUCUACAAUCCCUUAUUAGAAACAAAAUAAUCAAUGUGCAGGAAUUGUUCAUUGAAGUUCAAGCAUUCUGCAUUGACUUUAUACAAAUUAGAGAAGCAUCUGCACUGUUUCGAUUGUUAAAACAAUUAGAAACUGGAGACACGUGCAGUAUUGGAAAUAUAGCAGCUGCGGCAGGUAUUACGCCCAGUACUAUAGCUGCUGCUAAAGAUAAAGAUAAAGAAAAGAUUGUGCCCAAAGAAAAGUAAAAAUUAUUAUACAUGUGUAAAAACUAAUGUGGUAAGACGACAUUGAGCAGUUGAUAUAACAUUCUUAGAUAAUUAUUUUAUUAAUAGUGAAAUUAAUA